GCGAACCACUUGACGCGGUGUGCACAGGAGCGUACUUGCGAGCGCGGGGGCGCCCAGGCGGAAGCGGAAUGGGCGGCGGUGUCGGUUUCGCACUUCAUCAUCGUGGCUUGAGGGGUUGAGAUAAGCCACCAGCCAGCGCGUGAUGGGAAGUAAGUGGAAGCGAAAUAUCACGCGCGUGUUCGGGAGAGAGCCUGCUGACCAGAACACCCAGAGCCAUGGCGCGGCGAGGCCACGAGACCGCGGCAUGUGCUGAUGAUGAUUGAGUGAUUUGAAUGAUCAAAGUUGAGGCUGCCCCAGUCAAGCCUUCGUUCGACAUGGCAGGCGAGUCUGGUGCAGCCGAGCUCCCGCCGCAGCUCACCAGCGGCGUGCCCAUGCUCAAGGUGUCGUCCAAGAAGAUCAAGCCCGUCAUUGUCACCCUCUCACCGACGACCAUUACCUGGCCCUCGCUCAAAGGCGGAAAGGUCGAGAUCCGCAACAUUCGCGAGCUGCGGCUUGGUGUCUCGCCGACAGACCAGUAUGACGGGGCGCGCUGGAUCACCAUCGUGUACGUUAGAGACAAGCAGUGGAAGGUGGUGCACUUUAUCGCGCAUACGGACGACAUCUACGCGCUUUGGAGCGACACGCUCAAUGAUCUCGUGAGCGCCGCGUCUGAUCGUGUCGUCAGUGGGAUGCAACAUGGCCCCGCAGCCGACCCAGAUUUGCUCUUCAUUAAGCAACUGUGGCCGACAGGCGCAACCAAGAUCGACGCGCGCACGGCCACGAGCCUGUGCCACUCGUUGGGGCUCAGCGUUGGUCCAACCCACCUCGCAAACUACCAGUUUCCACUCGACAUGGGAAAUUUCCGGCGCCUGGUUCGUGAGGUCCAGACGCGCCCCGAGCUAGGGGAGCUGUUCCAGGCUCUCGGCGGCGACAUGACGCGCGACAAGGCUCGCGAGUUUCUCCGCGAUGUGCAGAAGGAGGAGCUCACGGACGAACAGUUCAAUCUCCUCUACGAUCGAUUCGCGGAUGCCAAAACGGACCUAUGGACAUCCGAGGCACUAUCCUCAUACCUGGCCUCGCCCGACAAUGUUCCCAAGGCCGUACAGGACCUCGGCCACCCCUUGCCCGAAUACUUUAUCGCCAGCAGUCAUAACACGUACCUCGUUGCCGGGCAGUGGCGCGGCGACAGUACAGUCGAGGGUUACAUCCGCGUGCUGCUGGACGGCUGCCGCUCGGUUGAGAUUGACGUACACAACGGCGAGACCGAACCCGUCGUGUAUCAUGGGAAUACAAUGACAUCGAGUGUACCGAUUCUCGAUGUGUGUCAGGCGAUCAAGAAGUACGCCUUCGUCGCCUCGCCGUACCCUGUCAUCCUCUCGCUGGAAGUGCGAUGCUCAGUCCCGCAGCAAGAACGCCUCGCCAAGACCAUCAAGGACGUCUUCGGCGAUCUGCUGGUCACUGAGCCGCUCGACUACAUCGAUGGCAUCCCAAGUCCCGAAGACUUGAAGGGCCGAGUGCUCGUCAAGUCGAAGGCGGCGGUGCAGCCCACACCCGUCAGAUCCGUGACGCUGUCAUCGUCCCCAACUUCUGACUCGCUGUCAGACUCGACGACCACUGAGUCGGACUCGUCAUUUGUCAAGCUCGCGAAGCGCCUGACGCUUGCGGGCGGGGAGAAACCCAAGUCGCCCAAGAUUGGCAUCCAUAGAUCACUAUCUGAUCUGCCUAUCUACACGGCCGGUGUCAAGUACCAGGGCUUCUCCAAGCUUGUCACCUACGAGUCAAACCACAUGUUUUCGGUGUCGGAGCGAACGGCACAGAAGAUUCUUAGGGACGGGCAGCAGGCCGACUGGGUCAAGCACAACUUCAGCCACCUGUCGCGCGUGUACCCCAAGGCGGUACGGCUGACGUCCUCCAACUUUGACCCACGCCCGUUCUGGCAAAUUGGCGCGCAGAUGGUCGCGAUCAACUACCAGACCUUUGACGAAGGUAGUCUGUGGAACCACGCCAUGUUCCACGACGGUGGGUACGUACUCAAGCCGCUCGCGCUCCGGCAGAAGACGGCCGAGGUGUCGGUCGAGUAUCGCGUGCGCAUUCGCAUCAUAUCUGCGCAGCGCCUGCCGCCCACAGACGAAAUGUACGUCGAGGCGACGAUUGGGGACGACGAGCAGGAAACGCGCGAGCUGAAGGAGGGCAGCCUGAGCCCGCGCUGGGACCAGACGCUCGAGUUCACCGUCUCGUCUCUCCCUUCGUGCCUCUCGCUAGUCUUCGUCAAGCUCGCCAUCAAGGGCUCGCGCGGCACCAUCGCUCAGUGGUGCCGCCCGCUCACUACCGCCGGCCGCGGAUUCCGCUACCUGCCUCUCGAGGACAACUCGCGCUCCCGCUACCUCUUCGCGACCCUCUUCGUCCGCAUCUCAUACGAGCCCAUCGACAAGCCCACGCACACGCGCGCACUCUCAAACUCGCUCUCCGCAAAGCUCUCGUCGCUCCGCCCCGUCUCCCCGCUCCUCCGACCGGCGUCGCCGGGCCGCCUCCCCGCCUCCCCUCUCCUCCCGGCCCCGGUCAACCGGUCGCCCGUGCCCGUGUCCACCACACUUCCGCCCAGCAUCUCGCCGCAGUCUCCACCCAAAAUAUCGCCGCAGUCGCCCCCUCACCUGUCGCCGCAGUCGCCUCCCAAGCUGUCGCCUCAAUCGCCACCGAAGCUUACCACUCAGUCCCGGAUGCAGGCCCCCAGCAUACCGCCUUUCGCACCAUUCUCGCCUAUGUCGCCCAUGCCGUCGACGCCGACCAUUAACUUUGCCCCACCGUCCAACCCCGUCCCCAUUCCUCCGCCCACUAAGCAGCCUUGAGCAUUGAAGCCUGAAGCGCACGCGGCUAUACACCCUGCCGCCAGAGUUUGUCAUUUCG